AUGGCAGAUAAAAGAUAUACAUUUAUAGUUGAAUGGUUUGAUACUAGUGCUUCACUAAUAAGGACAUAUAAUUUAAUUUAUUAUUUAUCAGACAAAACAAUUGAAAUGUAUGAUUUAAAAAAUAAAAGAGUUUUCUUAAAAAAAAGCGAAUAUACAAUAAACGAAUCUGAAUUUUACUUAGGAUCAGUAUUAACUAUAUAUUCUAGAUAGCUUAAAAUAACUAAUUUUGCAGAUAUUUAUACCCGUUAAAUUUUUUAAAAUAAAAAAGAAAAGUAAAAACAAAACAAAACAAAUAAAAUAAAAUAUAAAAAACAAAAAAGAACAUUCGCAAUGAUAAAGCCAGAUGCAUAUAACUAAAUAGGAAAUAUUUUAUCAAUAAUCGAAAAAAACGGAUUAUAAAUAUCAAAUAUAAAAAUGACUAAAAUGUAAUUAUAAGAUGCUGAAAAAUUCUAUGAGGAACAUAGAGGAAAACCUUUUUAUGAAACACUUACCUAAUUUAUAAGUAGUGAUUUAGUAGUAGGUUUGGAAUUAGUAGGAGAUGAUUCAAUAAAAAUAUGGAGAAAUUUAUUAGGACCAACAAAUACGCAAGUAGCAAAAUAAAAAAACCCAUAAAGUAUAAGAGCAUAAUAUGGAACUGAUGGAACUAAAAAUGCAUGUCAUGGAAGUGAUUCUCAUUCAAGUGCUUUUAGAGAAUUAAACUUUUUUUUUUCUGAUUAAAGUAAUUUAAAGCCUUCAGCUUUAUUAUCAAGUUGCUCAUGUUGUAUUAUUAAGCCUCAUAUUAUUAAAAGUCUUUAAUUAGGUUAAAUUAUUAAUACUAUUUUAUUAUAAGGAUUCUAAAUUACUGGAAUUUAAUCGUUCUUUUUAGAUAGACCUACUUCCGAUGAAUUUUAUGAAGUUUAUAAAGGUGUUUUACCUGAAUAUAAUGGUUUGUCAGAACAUUUAACUAGUGGUAUGAGUGUUGUUCUUGAAGUUAGAUAGUAAAAUUCCGUUUAAUAAUUUAGAGAAUUAUGUGGACCCCAUGACCCUGAAAUUGCUAGAACUUUAAGAAGCAAUACUAUUAGAGCUUAGUUUGGUGUUGAUAGAGUAAAAAAUGCUGUUCAUUGUACCGAUUUAGAUGAAGAUGGUAUUUUGGAAGUAAUUAAUUUUUUUUCUUUAUUUGUUUAAUUACUUAUUUUUUUUAAUAUAAAGGUAGAAUAUUUCUUUAAAAUAUUACAAAAAUGA